AUGGAAGAAGAGGUCGAACUAUUAAGGACUAAGGUUGACGAGAACACGAAGAGGUGGAGAGAGAUGGCAAACCAUGAGUUUCUNAUUGGGCAAAUNNGUUUGGAGCUGAAAANCAAGGAUGAAGAGAUUGCUAUGCUUAAAGAAGAUAUGGCUCGUUUUAUGGCGGCAUUCAACAAGUUUUUUAAUGACAUCUAG